AUGUUGUUUGAAAAAUCAUAUCAAUCUCAAAUAAUCCAAGAAGAGCUAAACAGCACAAGGAAAACUAAAAAUUCUCAGUCGAUGAAAAAAGAUGGGAGCUUUAACAUAACGAAAAAAGCUAAAAAAUAUUUGGUGCUGUUUAUGAAGAGUUCUUCAAUACAUGGAUUGAAUCACAUUGUGGCAGCCAGAAGACAUCCUUUAGAGAUUCUUCUUUGGCUGAUAACUGUGGGUCUUUGCGCAUUCGGUUCACUCUAUCUCUCCCAAACGACAUGGAGCAGGUAUCAGUCCUCUCCCACUGUCAUCUCUAUGGAUAGAGAUAUGUUCGCUUGGAACACCACCUUCCCUUGCGUGACGAUUUGUCCUGAUAAUGUAUUGGAUGAGAAGAAGCUUGCUAUUUAUCUCAGAUCCUUCAAAGAGGAGGACAAGUCCACACUAGAAGCCUUUAUUAGAGGUCUAUCAAAUAUAUCCUAUGACAACUUUAAUACGGUUCCAAUUUAUGACGGCAUUCCUUCAGACAAGUACUUGGAGCUUAUUCUUAAUUUCACAACAACAUUCAAACCUACCCUGACUAUAGGUGUGACUGGUGUAACUUUGGGAAUUGUGCCCACAAUAACUGAGAUGGGACUAUGUUAUGCUGUGAACUCAAAAGUGGCUGUAUAUAAUUCGCCAGAAUAUAGGUCCGCUAAUAGAUGGGACUUAAUAAAGAAACCAAAUGAAACUUUGUUUAUACAUCCCUUAGACGGUGAAGUAUAUGCUCAAGUUAUGAACUUAUCGACUGGGUACAAAGUCUACAUCCAUGGCCCGUCUGAAGUACCAGAUGUAGCGACAAAGAACAUGUACUCAGAGAAAGAUUUUUAUCUCAAACUGUACGUUACUGCUGUAGCUAUAUACACAACUUCAGAUGCAGCGGAACUGAGCAUCUCCCAACGUCGCUGUCGCUUCCCCGAAGAGAACAAUCUCCUGCAUAAUUCGAUAUACUCCUACACCAUGUGUCGGAUGGAAUGUAGAAUUCGACUCUGCUUAAAGUACUGCAGAUGUAUCCCGCAUUUUUAUAGGAAAAUUGGGGACGAACGAAUAUGUGAUGUAAAAGGACUACAAUGCUUAUCAAAGUACAAAGAUGAACUCACCAAGCUAAGACAGAAAAACGGUAUGAAGAUAGACUGCGGUUGCUAUCCAUUGUGCGAAGACAUUAAUUAUGUCCUCCAAUCUAAUGCUCUACAACCUUGGUUUUUGGGGACGAAUUUCCAAUGGGGCAUGGUGACCUACCCUCGAAUGCGAUACAGACGUGAUAUUAUCUUUGGCUUCACUGAUGUAUUGGUGGCUGUCGGAGGUAUGGCUGGUUUAUUUCUAGGAUGCAGUGUGCUCAGCUUCAUGGAAAUCCUUUACUUCUUAACAUUGAGACUUGUCUGUUAUGCUAAAGUAAAAUAAUAAGACAUACAAAGGGUAUUAAGCUAUUGCAUAG